CCCCGAGUCCUUUAAAUGUACUGUACGUGCAAAGAUGGCAGCUCAAGUCGACUUGCUCCGUGCCAAAGUAGAAGAGGAGAAGGUGAGGGACAGCCUGGCCAGACUCAUCAGAGAGAGGAAGAAGAAGAAGAAGAGGGACCUGUCGCCGCCCGCUGACAAACGGGACAAGUCGGUGAAGGAGGCGAAGAAAGUGAAGCUCCAUCACCACCUCAGCCACCAACAACACGCCGAGCACCGGAGCCACCAGCCGCAUCAGCUGCAGCAGAGCCUCAAACCCCUCAAGUUCAGCGCGGAGAAACAUGUCCUGCACAGCCACCACCAUCACCACCAUCACCGCCACGGGCUCACCAACGGCACCAAGAGCCUGCAGCCGACUUUACCUCCUCCACCUCCGCCUCCUCCUCCUCAGAGGAAGGUGCCCGAGCAGCUGCAGAAGAAGCGAGCGCUGCCCCAUGAGCCACCUGCGCUCUUCACGUUCACGCCGCUCAAAAUGGUCAAGGCCAAGCCCCAGGAUUUCAAAGACAAGCACCGGGAUAAGGAGCUGAAACUGAAGCUCAAGAAGGAAAACACCGAGGCUAAUGUGAAACACACGCAGCUGAAGAAGAAGAAAGAGCCGAGGCCCCACAAUGAGAACGUCAAAUCCUUUACACUGGAGGAAUACCUCCUGAAGAAGAAAAAGAAGAAGAAGAAGCACCGUGAGGAGGAGCACACUGCCAAGAAGGUCCGACACAUGCACAACAAAGCUGUUCAGACUGUAUGUGCAGGGCUCGGAGCAGAUCUCACUCUGCCCGUUCACCCCGAUCCGUCUCUGCCUGGCUCCGUGAAGCACGAAAGCAACCACCACCCUGGCAGAGACGCUGUCGCCAACCACCAACCCUACCUCCAAGCUCUCAAACUCGGACAUGUCCCCUUCCUCUCCCACCAAGACCACUACAUUCGCAGCUCCUGCCUGCAGACGGGCACCUGGUAUGGACGCUUCAUGCACGAGGAGAGGCAAGCCAACGGUGGGGGGUUAGUUCUGCACGCCUAUGCUGAUGAGUUAGCGUGUCUCAGCCCGGCUGAGAUGGAGUGCUUCGCCCAGGAGUUUCUGGAGUUGACUUUUGCAGAGAAGACGAGAGGUGCAGCCGCAUAUGCCUUGACAGUGGUGCACAAUGCAGCCGCCUUCCUACCUGACUUCCUGGACUACUUUGCCUUCAACUUCCCCAACACGCCGGUCAAAAUGGAGAUACUGGGCAAGAAAGACAUAGAGACCACCACCAUCGCCAACUUUCACUCUCAGGUGAGCCGGACUUACUGUUCAGGAACCUACCGGUCCGGACCCAUGAGGCAGAUCAGCUUGGUGGGAGCUGUGGACGAGGAAGUGGGAGACUAUUUCCCAGAGUUCCUCGACAUGCUGGAGGAGUCACCGUUUCUCAAGAUGACAUUACCGUGGGGAACCCUCUCCAGUCUGAAGCUGGACUGCCGCUCCCAGAGUGACGACGGGCCCAUCAUGUGGGUGCGGCCAGGAGAACAGAUGGUGCCCACGGCUGACAUGCCCAAGUCGCCUUUCAAAAGACGCAGGUCCAUGAAUGAGGUAAAAAAUCUACACUACCUGCCGAGGGCCAGUGAACCCAGAGAGGUUCUGUUCGAGGACCGGACGAAGGCCCACGCUGACCAUGUAGGGCAGAGCUUUGACUGGCAGAGCACUGCUGCUGUCGGGGUGCUGAAGGCAGUGCACUUUGGAGAAUGGAAUAACCGACCUCGGAUAACCAAAGAUGUGGUGUGUUUCGACGCUGGGGACUUCAAUGAAGUUGUCCAGAGGCUGCAGCUGGAUCUGUAUGAACCCCCAGUGUCUCAGUGUGUUCAGUGGGUAGAUGAUGCCAAACUCAACCAGCUGAGGAGGGAAGGCAUCCGCUACGUGCGCGUCCAGCUCUGUGACGAUGACAUCUACUUCAUCCCGAGGAAUGUCAUCCACCAGUUCAAGACAGUGUCGGCCGUCUGCAGCCUGGCCUGGCACAUCCGCCUCAAGCAGUACCAACCAGAGGGGAAGGACAAGGAGGAGGAGCAGUGGCCCAGUGAUCCCAGCCCCACCUCAGGGCGAUUCUCUUUCUCCUCCCCCGCCAGACCUGACGCGACCAUUACCCCCUGUGCACGACCACAGGGAGACAACAUCCACGGUGGGGUGGCCAAGACAGAAGAACCAGAGUUCCAGAAGCCGGCAACACCGAACCAGGAGCCUCAGCCGGCCCCUCCGCAGCCCACCAAAUCUGCUCACAUACCCCCGAGAUACCAGGAGCCCCACCUUUCUUUGGAAGCAGUCCACGCUGGAUGUACACCUUCAAAAGAGCCCACCCUUCCAAAAGCUCUCGGCCACACGGCGGGCUUCCCUAAAUGACCUUUCUUUCUUCCUACAAUCUCUCUCUCGCCCACUUUGGGAGGAGCAUAUGUGAAGGAAUUGUAGACUCAAACUGACAUUUGUGUCAAUCAGGAAACCUUUAAAUUAUUCUUUUUUUAAUCUUUAAAUGUCGAUAAAAUGUUCCCAUAGGAUGUUUUUCAGCAAAGGGACUGAAUGGGACUCUGUAACACUUUUUUUGUUUGAUAGCACCGAAACUGGAACUCUCUACUGUCUUAUUCAGAAGGUGUGCAUCAUGUAAAGGAACUAUUAUUUUUAGACUGACAAUAUAAGUUGCCACAUUUACUGUAAGAAACACUUUUUUGGUUUAUGUUCAAGGCUCCACUGUUUCUUUUGUUGACAGAAAGAUUUCAUGAAAGAUGGCAGGCCGUGGCAGGCGGAUGAUUGUUCACGUACAUAAUAUAUGAUUACUCUGGAAA